UCUUCCUUUUUGUCGGGUGCGCAUUUUCUCUCUCUCGAUUCGCGAAAAUCGAAUCUCUUUCGCUCUGUUUCCUCGCACAAGGUUCCUCUUGAGGCGACCAGCCCCGUCUCUGCCUUCGUCCUGGGCCGCGUUGCGCAAGCCGUUUGCCUCUCUCGUCUUUUCGUCGUCCUGGUCGCUGAACCGUCGUUGCUCGUUUUUUUCUCCACCGGAACUUCUUGCUUCACGGGGCGCAACUCGAUCUGGCGCUUCUCGUCUCCCUCUUCUGAAGCUUGCCUCUCCUUUCUCGUCCGCGACUCUGUCUCGCGGACGACUUCGGCCUCGUCGCUGCGCGCUUGGACGCACAUGGUGAAAAAAGUUUUUCUUGGGGAAGGAAACACUCGUUCCAUUCGAUCAGCGCAUUUCUUUUCUGCAGAUCCCACAGCUUGCACCCGUUUUCGUCUUUGCCGUCGCGACGCAUUGCGAAGAAAAGGUCGUUUUCUCUCUCUCUCUUGCGCCGCCCCCUUGUCUCUCGUUUUCCCCUCUCCUCCGUCCAGCCGUGCUUUCUCGCGAAAGCGAAAAAACGGCCUUGUCAUUCUCACAAUUCGUUCUUGUCUUCCUCGCGUCUUCUGUCAGAUCGCCGUUCUCGCCGGAACGGGGCGUCGUCUGGGGCCGGCGUCUCCCUUUGCCCGUCCUCCUGCUGCUCUCCACUUUUGUCUGUCACCUCUUCUCGCUCUCUGCGCAUCGCUGUCUCGCCUCCUGCCUCCUCCUCGUCUCCUCGGUCGCCGUCCGCUGUCUCUCGCAUGCGCUUUGCCUCGCAGACGUCUUCUGUCCCUGCGGUCUUCCUUUUCUUUCUCCGUUGCUUCCCCUGGUCGUAUUGCUCGCCCACAAGAUGACUCCUGGAAAGCGCCGCGUGCUGCUGAGUGACGAGUCGUCUGAGGAAGACGCACCUCUCACCCAGAAGGCAAAGCGUUCGCGCAGGUCCUCCGAGGCUUCUUCGCCUUCGCCGCCGUUCGUCGGGGCUGCGACCGCCUCGGGCUCCGCGCAGCCUCCCUCAGGUCUCGCGCUGGCGUCCACCGAGGAGACGGAGACGUCUUCCCCGUCUUCUCCUCUGAACCACGGAGCUGCGAAGCCGGCGCCCGCGUCCUGGUCGACUGCGAGCGCAGUUCCUGCGGCGUCUCCCGCGUCUUCGGACAGUUCGCCAGCGCUGCUGAACGGGAUCGCCGGCGUCGCAGAGGGGCGCGCCGACAGGUCCCUGUCUCCGCGGGGCGCCGCCAACCUGCCGCGUGUGAAGACGGAGACACUUGGGGCUCCAGCUCUGCGCUCGCUCGCGGAGGGCGGCGCGAAGGCGCCCGAGCCAGCAGUGAAGAGCGACGCAGACGGCGUCGAGAGGAAAGUGAAACUCGAAGGUCCUGUGUCGCCUAGCCGAGGCGCAGGAGACGCGGCGAGGGCCGCCACAGGGCCUCGAGGAGUUGUGAGCUCCCCGGCGCGACCUGCAGGCCUCUCGAGCCCAGUUCCGAAGAAGCGUGUGAACAAGUACGUCAAGACGGAGGAGAACUUCGAACCAAUAAAUCGAUGGUGGGAACGAACCGAGGCGGAGAUCGAGCGAGAACAAGAGAAGCAGUGGAGCUACCUCGAACAUAACGGUCUGAUGUUCGCCCCGCCCUACGAACCGCAUGGCAAGCAGAUCACGUACCACGGCAAGCCGGUGUCUCUGCCUCCGGAAGCUGAAGAAGUUGCGAACUACUGGUGUGGAGUUUUGGAGAGCGAUUAUGCAACGAAGCCUCGUUUCGUCGAAAAUUUCUGGAAAGCCUUUUUGAGGAAUUUGCCGAAGGAUCACCCAAUUCUUGUGGAGGAAGGAUUCGCAGAGGCGAAACUGGCGACGGAGUACAAGGAGGGGGAGCGCAUGGUCGGUUUCGCUGCAUGCGAUUUUUCCCCCAUCAAGGAGUACCUGGACAAGCAGAAGGAGCUCAAGAAGGAGAUGUCGAAGGAAGAAAAAGAGAUUCUAAAACAACAAAAACUGCAAGAAGGCGCUCCAUACGCCUACGCCCUUGUCGACUUCAUCCGCGAAAAAGUCGGCAACACUCGCGUGGAACCUCCGGGGCUGUUCAGAGGCCGAGGAGAACAUCCCAAGCAAGGCAUGCUGAAGAGACGCAUCUUCUCGUAUGACGUCAUUCUCAACCUCGCCGAAGACGCGCCGGUGCCGCGCGUCGCUCUUCCCGGCCAUGCCUGGAAAGACGUUUUUCACGACAACUCUGUAACCUGGCUAGCCUUCUAUCGCGACUCCAUCAACGACCAAGUGAAGUACAUGUACCUCGCUGCGCAGUCCAAGUUCAAAGGUCAACAGGAUUUCCUCAAAUACGAAAAGGCUCGGAAACUCAAACUGCAUGUCGACCGAAUUCGCCAGGACUACUUCAAAAAACUGGAAUCGACGAACUCGCUGGACCGGCAGCUGGGCACUGCGACCUACCUCAUCGACGUUCUUGCUCUGAGAGUUGGUGGAGAAAAAGAUACAGACGAAGAAGCCGACACUGUUGGCUGCUGCUCCCUUCGCGUCGAGCAUCUGACAUUCGAUACAGAAAAACAAGAAGUGACGUUCGACUUCCUCGGCAAAGACUCGAUUCGCUACUUCAAUACUGUGAAGGUUCACCCGCAAGUCUUCAAGAACGUCGUUGGGUUCUGCAAAGGCAAGAAACCUGAGGACGACGUUUUCGAUAAAAUAAACAGCGCAGCGCUAAACAACCAUUUGCGGCAAUUCAUGCCCGGCCUGUCGGCAAAGGUAUUCCGUACCUACAACGCCUCGAUUACGUUGCAGAACGAGUUGUUUAAGUUGGAUGAGGCGCUCGCUCUUCGAGCUCAAAAGGCAGGGAAAGGAGUGAAGAAGGCGAAGGAAGAAGUGAAAGCAGAGACCAAGGCAGAGUCGAGUUCCGGCGAGGACGAGCCUCUUGUGGCGCUGAAGGAGGAGUCUCGCGUCAAGGCAGAGAAGGACGAGUCCGACCGGCGGCGCGAAGAGGAACUGAAAAAGAUCUCCUGCGACGUCAGCAACGUUGGAGAACUGGUGCAAUUCUACAACGACGCAAAUCGAGCUGUUGCCAUUCUGUGCAAUCACCAAAGGAGUGUGCCCAAGCAGCAUGCAGCGAGCAUGCAGAAAAUGGAGCAUCAGCAGCUGAUGCUGGACGAGGAUAUUCGCGAGUGCGAAGAGUAUUUGGAGUUUCUCAAGAAACCGCCAUCAAAGAGAAAAGAGCGCUUCACGUUCGUCUCUGAUGUUAAGGACUUCCAAGGGAAUCCGAGGAAAACGAACGUCAGAGACGGCAUGAAAGAGGAUGUCUGUGCGCGUCGUCUUCAAGCACUCCUGAAACGCCGAGCAGAUCACCUCUUGAAAAUUAAGCUGAAAGACGACAACAAAACUGUCGCUUUAGGAACUUCCAAGAUCAAUUACAUGGACCCCCGUAUCACUGUUGCUUUCUGCAAGAAGUACGAGGUGCCGAUCGAGAAAUUGUUCAACAAGAGUUUGAGGCUCAAAUUCCCCUGGGCUAUGUUCGCCAAGUCCACCUUUGAGUUUUAAUGUGUAUCUCCAUCGCUCUUCCUCUUGCUUCGGCUGCAUGUCUCCGCGAGAACAGAAUAGGCGACUUUCCAAAAAGAACGUACUGUUCUGCGUUGAUAAAAGCAAAGGGUGUGCAUGCGAAGCUAGGCGAAGACUCGAAAGUAAAGAACACCAAAGGACCCAAGACGCAAACGGCGCCAGUGUGUGCGCAGGCAUGUGCGCCUUCUUUUGGUGACAUGUGUACAUACAUGUGAGCAUAAACUGUGCAUGUGGGUGGGUAUGAGGUAGACCGGAAUGGAGUUUUGCGAGUUCGUUUCGCGUUGCUGCGUUCUUUUUGAAUUGCCUUUGUGUCACCGUCGUGUGAUUCUCUCACAAUGCGUGAGCCUGUGGAACACGACCGUGGGCAAAGAAGCGUCUGACCAUGGAAGGAGUAAGAGACCUAAAUGUGCGUUUUGGGGUGCUGAAAGCAGCGGGAGACAAGACGCUUCGAGGUGUUUGCUCACAUCUCUUGGUUGUUUUCUUCAUAGACGAUCGGUUCCCUGGAUCCACGUCGCAGGAUUGGGUCGUGUGGUACGGGAGAUGUCGAGUGAGAUGGCGAAAGCGAUGUAGCACAAGUAUGCGCGUUUGUUGCCGGGUGCACGCACACAUGCAAAUAGGCGUCGGUGCGCGUGAGUACAGGCCGCCGUUUGUCUUCGCAGCGAGUUCCCUCUCGGUCACUCUGUCUCUUCACACCAGGACGACAAUGACAUCGGUUUCUGGUAAAAUUUUACUGGGACCUGCCCAUGCGUUUAUUUCAGCGUUGGCAUACGGUACACGUGUGGAGGUAGCGCAUCUGGGAUGGACAGAGGUUUGGGUCUGUAUCUGGACAGAUCCUUUUCUGGUGGGCUCUGGAUGACAAGUUGCGAGGGACGUCGAAAACGUUUCCUCAUCGUUCUUUCGUGAUGGUGAAACGAAACUCAUGGUGCCAAUUGCUUCCCGCAGACCGGUUUGCUCGUCCUAGAGGCGGAGAGGGAACCGCUGGGGAAUCUGGAAGCGGGAAGUGCGACUAAUGCGUCGAAUCUGCAUGCAUGUUUCUGUCUACAAAAUCUAAACGUGAGGACUGAAGUGAGGACAUCAACUGCAGCAAAACAUCCCUCCCAGAAAAGAGUGUAGAUACUAGUAUACGGACACAAAACAUCAAGCGAAGGUACCUUGUGCGUUGAGUGGCUGUUCUCCAUCCGCAGAGAGGAGACAAAUCUGUCUACUUUACGUUUUCUUCUCGCAUGUGGAGGUUUCGAGUGUAAUAUGAGGGGGUCGAGAGGAAUGAAAGAGAACUGGUUACAACUUUUUGUGUUUGUUACGUUUUCCUUCACCUCUGAACAAGAGUCAGGGGAUCUGCCUGCCGCCGCAAUAAAAAGUAAGGAGGCGUUUACGUCGAGGUGAUCAUUGCUUGCCUCCAAAGGAAAUGCGUGUGGAUGGCCUUUUUUAUGCUCCCAAUUUUUCUCUGUGCCUCGGUUUUGAAGAGUACUCACACACACCGAAGCGCUAAAUAUAGGUGAUUUUUUUUGCUAGACUGCGAGCGGCAGACGCUGCACUUUGAUUUUUCUCGUUGAUAUUUGCACUUGCUUAAUUUUCCAAUUGUCUUCGAUCAAUCGCACACGGGUUAUCAUUUUUGUCCUCAAGAGAUUCGAACGCAUUGUGCCCGGGCGGCAGAGGAAAAGAUGCCAUCAGCU